GAUUCUUUUGUUAAAUCAUGGUGGUCCUCCCCAAAACUUAAACUUGUCAGUUUCUUCCACACAUUUUCUUCUAUACAUUAGAGAUUCUAAGAGGAGUAUCUGAUCCCAACAAACAAGUUCUACUUAAGCUAGAGACUCUGAAACCAACAAAUUAGUCAUUCAUGGAUAAGCUACAACAAAGCUCCUACGUUGUGUGCCUGGCAUUUUCUAUAGUUCUAAAUCUGUCAUUGAUAUUCAAGCUCUAUGGACAUGGAGGUCAGUGGGAGCUCAGUUGGAGCAGAAGGGCAGCAGAAGAAGCCGAGUACGUCGCCGCCGUCCCUUGCUCGGGGCAUGGCAGAACCUACUUGGAUGGCUUGGUUCUUGAUGGCAAGCAACCCGCUUGUGAGUGCAAUUCUUGCUAUGGAGGCUCAGAUUGUUCUCAGUUCUUAACUGAUUGUGAAUCAAAUGCUGACGGUGGGGAUCCAUAUUUCUUAGAGCCCUUUUGGAUGCAACAUGCUUCUGAAAGUGCAAUUCUAGUAGCAGGGUGGCAUCGAAUGGGCUAUACUUUCUCUGAUUAUGCUUACAUCUCACAAGAGCUUGAGAGGCUCAUCCGCAAAGUACACGACAUUGCUGGUAAUGCAGUCACUCAAGGAAGGUACAUUGUAAUUGGUGCUGGCUCAACCCAUCUCCUCAACGCUGCAGUUAAAGCGCUCUCUUUCUCAUCAACCAGUAGUUUCAACUCAUCAUCAUCCUCACCUGCUAGUGUUGUUGUUUCAAUUCCUUUUUACGCGCUUUAUGAAGCGCAAACGGAAUACUUCCGAUCAGUGGAUUACAAGUUUGAAGGGGAUGGUUCGUUGCUGCAGAACAUCACAGAUGGAACUAAGAGGGUUAUUGAGUUUGUAACCGCACCAAACAAUCCUGAUGGGAAGCUAAAUAAAGCAAAUUUUCAAGGACCAAAUUCCGAAGCAAUCUAUGAUCGUGUUUAUUAUUGGCCACAUUUCACACCCAUUCCAACUCCAGCAAAUGACAAUGUCAUGGUGUUUUCAAUCUCCAAGCUCACAGGCCAUGCUGGUACAAGAUUAGGGUGGGCAGUGAUAAAGGAUGAGGAAGUGUACCAAAGAAUGUUGCAGCAUACUCUGACAAGUAACUUGGGUAUUUCUCGCGAUGCUCAGCUAAGAGCUUUGAAGCUUUUGAAAGUAGUCGUAGAAGGUGGAGGAAAAGAAAUUUUCCAAUUCGGAUACACCACUAUGAGGAACCGUUGGGAAAAUUUGAGUAACGCCCUGUCUGUGUCAAACCGCUUUUCUCUGCAGAAAGUUGAACCUCAGUACUGCACUUUUUUCCAGAAAAUUAGAGGACCAUCUCCUGCCUUUGCGUGGGUGAAGUGCGAGAGGGAAGAGGAUAAAGAUUGCUACACAGUCCUCAAAGAAGAAGCUAAUGUUUACGGCCGUAGUGGAAGUGUCUUUGGUGCUGAAGAUCGAUAUGUACGUCUCGCCCUCAUAAGGAGCCAAGAUGAUUUCGAUAUAUUGCUUUACCGACUGAACCAGUUAGUCUCCAAGGAAGAUGCACAGCCCCAAAUUUAUAUGAAAAAUGUGACAAACCCAUCACUUUCUUAGACGCAAAACUCAUGUAAGUAGCUAGAACUUGAGGUCUUUUCAUCACUAUUUAGCCUGUGUACUUGAAAAAAUAAGGGAGCCCGAGAUUGUAUUCUCACUAUUAUUGUCACUCUCACAUUUCGCUGAGAGUGUAAAACACUUUUACACUAGUGUUUAAAUGUCGAUGCAUGCCCUCCUGACAA